GGCGAGGAUGAGGCUUGUGCGCAGACUCAGAGCCGCGGAGCUCCGAGUCCCACAGUGAGGACAGAGGGUAGGGGACAGAAGGCAGGACACGGCGCGAGCGGACAGAGCAAACACCGAACAACGAGGACUUAUGGCUGUCAACGAGCCGGACGUGUUUCUCAGGGCGACGCAGCGCACGUUUAUCGGGCUGACUGAAGAUGCGGAGGGGGAGUGGAGAGGUCCCUUCUGUUUCAUCCAGGCCGCAGACCCUCAGCUUGGGUUGAUGAAGUCAUGGAACAAGGGCGGAGAAGGGGAUGAGUGGGCGGAGGAAGUGGAGCUCACCAAACAAGCUGUGGAGGCAAUGAAUAGGCUACAGCCACGGCCCAGGUUUAUGGUGCUGUGUGGAGACCUGGUCCACGCCAUGCCAGACGCACCAUACAGAGAAGAACAGGUGAGGGAUCUAAAGGCAGCUUUAAAGGGCACAGACCCGUCCAUCCCACUGGUGUUUGUCAGUGGUAACCAUGACCUUGGUAACAACCCCACACCCAAGACAGUGGAACAGUACUGCAACCAGUGGGGAGAUGACUAUUUCAGCUUCUGGGUGGGCGGGGUGCUGUGUCUGGUCCUGAACUCCCAGUUGUUCUUCGACGCCUCCACCUGCCCGCAGCUGAAGGAGGCCCAAGAGACAUGGUUGGAACAGCAGCUGUGCCGAGCCUCCGCUUCCUCUCCCUUGGAGCGCAAACCCAAACAUGUUCUGGUCUUCCAACACAUCCCCCUUUAUCUCAAGAGCCCAGACGAGGAGGACCAUGAAUACUUCAACCUGCCGGGGGCAGUUCGACAACAGUUGAUGGACAAGUUCAAGAGGGCAGGCGUGAAAGCCGUCUUCUGCGGACAUUACCAUAGAAACGGCGGAGGGUGCCACGACGGUCUGGAUGUGGUGGUGAGCUCGGCCAUCGGGUGCCAGCUGGGAGAGGACACCCAUGGGGUUCGGGUGGUGGUGGUGACCGAGGGAGAGGUCAUCCACCGCUACUACAGCCUGGACCAGCUCAGAACACAAGGGAUCGACCAGGACUUGAAGAAACUACUUCAAGGAUAAACCGGUGAACUGAAACUCGAGAUUACCUUUACUGACCUCAUCGAUUAACUUCUGCUAGCCCUAUUCGUUUGUCAUUUAAUACUCAAAUAAUCACUGCCUUUUUUCAAACAAUGCUCAAUUUUUUUUCUCAGUUUUCAGGAUAAGAUUAGUUGGAAUAAAAGUACCUGGGGCUAGAUCGUUAUUGCAGUGUUCAAUGUAGCAAACUAAUCUUGCGGGAUAAAUUUGAUUACAUCAGACCUAAAGCAACAACACACAGCAAAAACAAAUGGCUUUUUAUGAUUAUGUUUACUAUUAUGACUUUUUUUGUGUGUAUAUGGCUAUGCACAAACUCGAUACCAUCACAACCAUAAUGUCCAACACACCAUUUACUGAACGAUCCCCCAUUCAUAAAAUAUAUUGGAUUAAGCCUGUGUUGUUAAGUAUUGGGAUCUGCCUUAUAUUAAACAGAAAUGGACAGUUAAAACCAGAAAAUAGACAGUUAAAACCAGAAAAUGGACAGUUAAAACCAGAAAAUGGACAGUUAAAACCAGAAAAUAGACAGUUAAAACCAGAAAAUAGACAGUUAAAACCAGAAAAUAGACAGUUAAAACCAGAAAAUAGACAGUUAAAACCAGAAAAUGGACAAUUAAAACCAGAAAAUAGACAGUUAAAACCAGAAAAUGGACAAUUAAAACCAGAAAAUAGACAGUUAAAACCAGAAAAUGGACAGUUAAAACCAGAAAAUAGACAGUUAAAACCAGAAAAUGGACAAUUAAAACCAGAAAAUAGACAGUUAAAACCAGAAAAUAGACAGUUAAAACCAGAAAAUAGACAGUUAAAACCAGAAAAUAGACAGUUAAAACCAGAAAAUGGACAAUUAAAACCAGAAAAUAGACAGUUAAAACCAGAAAAUGGACAAUUAAAACCAGAAAAUAGACAGUUAAAACCAGAAAAUGGACAGUUAAAACCAGAAAAUAGACAGUUAAAACCAGAAAAUGGACAAUUAAAACCAGAAAAUAGACAGUUAAAACCAGAAAAUAGACAGUUAAAACCAGAAAAUAGACAGUUAAAACCAGAAAAUGGACAAUUAAAACCAGAAAAUAGACAGUUAAAACCAGAAAAUAGACAGUUAAAACCAGAAAAUGGAAAAUUAAAUCAUAAAACUACACUGAUAAUUUUGUAGAGAGUAAUGUACUAUAGACAUGACUAUUAAAAGUGAGUUUAUAUCCUGCACUUUCCUAAAGCAACAAACAAACAAACCAAAAACUCUACCUCCCCUUUUCACCUCUGUGUUUAAUACAAUAUGUCGUUUGAGCUCAGACUAGAUUCAACUUCAGGAUCAUCAUGUGUUAGAAUGUUUUGUGCCCAAGUUGGUUUUUUUCAGCAUCCUCCACAUUUGAGGGGUGGAAGUCUGGGAGUCCCUGCUUAGGCCGCUGCCUUCGUGACCCGGCCCUGGAUGAGCAGAAGAAAAUGGAUGGAUGUUUCUCUUGCUUUUUCCCAUUCAAUCAAUCAAUCAAUCAAACUUUAUUUCUGUAGCACCUUCUAACAACCCAGGCUGCCCAAAGUGCUGUACAGCGUUAAAAAACACGAUUAAAAACAAUUCAAAAGAUCGAUCAUGAAUACAGUACAACUGAGAAUACUUGAUCAUAGCUACUGUACCCAAAAUCCUUCUAUGCAAUACCACUUUAAAGUUGCAUUGUGUCUUUUUUGUGAUGGUGGGUUUGUCACCUGCUUUUCUCAUGGAGAUGGUAUUGCUUUUCCUAGAAAGUUCCACAGUAUGAUAUUAAACCUAUUUAUCCUGGGUUUAUUCAAUUAGUUUUAAUAUCUUGAAAAAAAAUGCAUUCUUCAUGGGGACGCCUCUCCACAGAGCUCACCUGUAAGUGCACAUUUUGGCAUCACCUGCUGUCUGCUGAUAGGCAGGUGGUGGCAGACGCUCCACCGGAAAAGUUACAUACCUUUAAAAACAAUCAGCUUCAGUGUCUGUGUGAAGGACAGUGCAUUUUUCUGUUUGUUCUGCGUUUUCCUCAAUAAAGAAAUGAUCACAUGCGAGCGUUCAAAAUGGCAAAAUGAUAGUCUGAAAGGUUAACUGUAUCCAGCCUUAAUUACCCAUGUCUGGAGCUGUUUUUUCCACUAAACUACCAUGCAAAUAUUUCAUCACCCAAGUUUAAAAUGAUCAAAUCAGUCUCGAGCCGGAGCGAAUUCUGUCUAGUGCAAUGCGGAGCAAGGGCCAGACAGUAGCUGUGGGAGGAAGGGCCACCAAGGAGUCUUAAAAUUGUUGUCAAAAUUACAGUUUCUGCAACCAAAUGACUUCACUCGAUUACACACACGUUGGCUAUAGCUUACUCAAACUGCACCGCUGACCGGCUGGGGAUGUAAGAGUGUUGUCAUGGUAACCGAUUCAGCAACACAUAGCGAGAGAGAGAAAGAGGAGCGUGGCCUUAUUUCCUCGUGCCGUAUGUUCAUCAGCUUAGAUUGAAGGUAUAAGGGAUUUUCCAAGUGUCCGUGAGUUUCAAAGUGAUGGAAAAAUUUGGAUCGUUGCCAUAGCAAUUAACAAUUCAAAACAAAAUACGCCUUUUGAAUCACAGACAUAAGAUUAGUCGACGUAGCGUUUGUUGCUCGUGCUGUCAUCCACUUAGGUACUUGGCUAGUGUUAGAACUCUGGAGCCAGUCCCCUGUAUUUUUUUCCACACAAAUUAUGAAUAAGCAAAAGGGUGUCAGCUCGUACCAACACAUCAAAGCGCUGUUAAAAGUCACCGUUGAGUGCGUAAAUCUUUUGUUGUUAUAUUUUAGAUAAUAAUUAGCAUGUGAAACUGGCAUCUGGGCUAAAAACUAACCAGUUUUCAGUUGAGAUUUCCAAACAUGAGUGCUUCUGGUGGCGCUAAAUCUCCUAUUCUACAUGAGACUGGUUGAGGAGACCAGAUAAAUUACACAAAUAUUAUGAAGUACAUGUUCUAUAUACUUUAAAAUAAGGAUUGACGUCAUCAUUCUUUUGCAUGUGAUACAGCGUUCGAUUUGUCGCAACUCUGGGUAGCAGCAGCAAGUCAAGUGAUCAGGUUUGAGCAAGAGCAGAGAGAAUUUUGUGUCUAUUAACGUCUGUUUCGAAUGGUCAGCAGUGCUCGAGAUGGAACCUUAUGACAGGAAGCAGAAACCCAUGAAUAUAGUAAAUUGUCGCUAACCUCAUUUAAUGCCACGAUUGAAGCAUUUUUUGUCCAAUUUUUCUUUUCUGGCACAAGUGUGACGGUGGGUGAGUGGGAGUUUUCGAAAAAGCCAUAAUGGUCGUGAUCUGCUUCAUCUACUUUAUUUCCUGUCUAUGUCUUACAGCUAUUUUUGUAUCCAUGACUCCAUGUGAUUGUUCUUGCCAAUAGCAGGGUUCUCAUGUGGGUUUUCUGAGGACUUGGCAAAUAUUGAGCUAUAAGAAUUUUGGAACCUAUGAUUCAGUUGAAUGCCAGUGAAUAACAUAAUGUACUGGAUUUAUUUUUGUAAUAAAUUUAGGUUUUUGUCACAAUUUCACAG